UCCUCUCUGUUAUCUGUGAUAGUAUUCUAUGUCUAUGAAGAGCACCUAAAAUAACAUUAUUCAAAAUAACAUCCAGCUUUUUUGAAAAUAAAAAUAGAACGAUGGCAUGACAGUUUUGUAAAUGAGCGCAUUUACAUUGAAUAGAUCGUUGAUAACAAUUUUGAAUACUAAGAACUCCUUAAUAUAAAAUUGUGCAGUCAUGAUAAGUGCAGGCUUUUGCGCUCUUCCUUUCUUAAUACUGUUCGGUAUUAGGAAGUACAUCGAAAGCAAAUGGGGCAAAUGCAAAAACCGAAUUAAGUUAGAUGGAAAAAUAGCCAUUGUUACUGGAGCAAAUUCAGGAAUUGGUUUUGAAGUGGCCAAAGAAUUGGCUUCUAGAAAUGCCACUGUAAUUCUUGCCUGCAGAGAUAUGAAUAAAGCCAAAUUUGCCCUAGAGAAAAUAAAAAAAGACAUCAGUAGUCCAGUCAGUUUGAUUCCUAUGGAGUUGGAUUUAGCAUCCCUCAAAUCUAUUCAAAGUUUUACAGAAAAGUUCAAAGAUAAGUUUGAAUAUCUACAUAUUCUUAUCAAUAAUGCUGGAUUAUCCAAUUCUCACACAACUAAACGCUUGCUAACAGAUGAUAACUUGGAACUACAUUUUGGUGUAAACUACAUUGGACAUUUCUAUCUAACAAACUUACUACUAUGUGUUUUGGAAAAAUCACGACCUAGUAAAGUGGUGAUUGUAUCUUCAAAACUACAUGAAAAAGGCCAAAUAUGCUUAGAUGAUCUCAAUUCAGUUUCAAGAAAUUGUCCAAAUCUUUAUGCAGACUCGAAAUUAGCAAAUGUUUACUUUUGUCGAGAAUUGUCAAAGAAGAUAGAAAGUAAGGGUAUAGAUGUUUUUGCAGUUUGCCCAGGUUGGGUGUAUACAAAUUUAUUCAGACAUCGAAUUAGAUGGUAUCAUUACAUUAUUUUUUCACCUAUUGCAUUCUUCUUCAUGAGAAGCGCUAAACAAGGUGCUCAAACAGUAAUUUAUUGCGCUACUGAACCAGGCCUCGCAACAGGAAUGAUUUAUAGGGAUUGUAUGAUGUAUGAAUCAAAGCACAAGUUUGAUCCUAAUGUUUCUACAGACUUAUGGCUAAAAUCUGAAGAAAUCAUAACAUCAAUUCUAAUUAAUUUUAAUCCAGAUGUAAUAAUUCAGGGUUAAAAUUAUUAUUAUUGUUAUGAAUUUAACUUAUUAAUUAUUAUUAAUUUUAAUCAAGAAACAUAGAAGUUAUGAAUAUCGUGAAGUUAAGGUCCUACUAUUGUUAUAAAAAUUUCUCCAAUGUAAUUUCAUUAUUAAUGAUUUUCAAUAAAAAUAUUAUAUGCCUCA